AUGCAAUCACCAAGUCAUAAACCAAAAUUAAUUAUUUCAUGUGAUGGAGGUGGAAUGAGAGGUAUUCAACUUGAGAAAGAUCUUGGUUGUGAUAUUUUUGCAAGAGCCUCUCUAAUCGGUGGAACUAGUACUGGUGGUAUGAUUACCUUUUCGAGAAUGGCAGGUCACUCUAACGAAGAUAUUAGAGAUCUGUAUAUUACCGUUGGAAGAGAAGUUUUCAAAACUGACUGUAGAAACAUUGUGGAAUCACAAUCGAUUGCCAACACAAAGAUGUUUUCUGAAGCACUCACCAAACUUUACAAUCAAAGUACUCUCAGUGAUUUCAGUCCAUUGGUAAAAGGAUUUGUCACUACUUCAGCUACCAAUAUCCUUCUUCCACAUCUCGGUCCAGAACCAUUCAUUCUAAGUAACUACAACAACCCCACAAGAGCAAUCAAUCCAAAGGAGAUUCCAGAGAAUCAUAGUAUUGUCCAUGCAGUUCGUGCAACAUCUGCUAUUCCAAUGCUAUUCUCCACCCCUACCUAUAAGAACUACACCUAUAUGGAUGGUGGUUAUUUCAAUAACAAUCCAAUUAACCUUACCCACCAGGAAGCUGUCAAUAUCUUUGGAAUGGAUAAUAUCCAUGAAUGUAUUUUCAUUUCCUUUGGAACUGGUUACCAAGUUACUAAAACUGAUAUGAUGUCAAACCUUACUUCUUCAUUUACCACUGGUACCAAAUUUGUAACCACCAACAUUGGCAAAGUUAUUGAGAACCCACUGACCAGAAUCAUUAAUUUUAUGACAGGUUCCAGUUUUGAAAUUCAUCAACAAUUCCAAAAGGCCAAUCCAAAUCUCCACUACUUUAGAUUCGAUCCAGUGAUUGACAAGAACAUUGGAGUCAAUGAUGUAUCCGAACCAUCCAUUGCCUAUAUGAAAGAAGAAGCAACUAGAUUCACAAACUCAAAAGAAUAUAAAGAAAUGGUUCUAAAAAUUAAAGGAUUAUUGGACUUUUAA